UCGGUAUUAUUUUUUGAUAGUAGUUAUGACCACCCGAUGGUAUUCAUCCGGCAGGAGGAGGAUCUGCUUCCUGGUGGUGGGUAUUGUGUGCAUCAUCAUAAUAUUGAUACCGCUGGCACCGUAUAUUGCAAGCUAUAGCUCACAACCAUCCACACCCAAUCAGUGGCAAAUGCAUAGCUCAAAUGAGUCAGAGUUGGUGCCGACCACGCGAGAGCCGUUCUACCGAAUAUCCUAUGCGCAGAGUCCACCGCGUAUUGUAAUGGUGGGGUCCGAACAUGUACCACCAUACGAGACACCGCCCAACGAUACAUCGCCCGACGGUAGUGGCACGUCUGACGGAAAUGAAACUGCAAUGCGAGAAUCAACUUUGCGGCUACCUGAAGUCAACGAUGGCAGUGGGAGCAAUAGAGUAGUAUCAUCAGUAUCUGAUGGCCACAUUAGUACCAAUAGUAUUAUUAGCAAUAAUAUAGAUAAUGACGAUGUGUCGCGAACGCACAAAUUGAAGAACGGUACGUUCGAAUAUGCGUACAUAACCAAGUUGGUGCGACCCUUACACCAAGACGACUUGCUGUAUGAGUCCAAAGCAGAUGUCUCUGAUGGACGACGUAGCUCACAAAUUCACGCUACUGGUGCGUUUCGAAGUAGAUCAUCAAAAAUCUGGGAUCCCCAUCCAGAGUACGAGCUCAAUGCAUUCGGUGUCAGAAUGCAUUUAAAGCUUUCGCAUGACGCAGAAUUUAUUCCGAAAGAUAUGAAGGUGACUCAUUUUUGGCCAAAUGAAACUGUACGUAAACCUGAGGAUCACGAUGAAAGUAGGUGGCUCCAGGGCUGUUAUUACAAGGGUAGUGUCGUAGGAGAUGCACAAUCCACCGUACGCGUAUCGUUAUGUGAAGGAAUGCAUGGACAUAUAAAGACCACUAACGCAUCCUUUAUUAUCGAACCGGCGAAGAAUGUAUCGAGCAGCGAUGCAAGCAUUCUGCACCGCAUCCAACGGCUCAUGGCGGAUAAAUCCAAUCCUGGGAACGAUGGACGAAAACUGCCGGAUGGAUCGAACACACCGGCAGAGGAUUGUGCAGUACGAACAGAUCACGAGGCUGCUGAACGAUUACUGAGCAUAGAACCGACGGAUCUGCAUAGUCGAAAUCGGCGCAGCAUUGAGAACUUUCCUAACAACGAAUACACUGUCGAGGUGCUCGUGGUGGUCGAUAACAAAAUGGAGCGAUACCACGGUGCUGAUCUCAAAUCCUACGUUCUAACGCUGAUGUCCAUUGUUUCCAGUGUGUACGCCGAUGCUAGCAUAGGGAGUUCAAUGAAGAUAGCUGUGUCGCAUAUAUCCUACAUUCAUCACGACCUUAAUGCGCAAAUCGACGCCACCGAGAAGGGAUUAGUAGGGGUGUCGGCUUCCGAUAUGCUGCAAGAUUUUUGCCGGUUCAAACAGUCGACGAACAUCCACCACGACGCUGCGUUGCUCCUCACCCGCGAGCAAAUCUGUCGCAAUCCGGUCGAAAACAACUGCGACACGCUUGGACUGGCGGAGCUGGGCACGAUCUGUGGGAAGACGGCAUGCGCUAUCGUGCAGGAUAAUGGCCUGUCGGCAUCCUUUACCAUCGCUCAUGAACUUGGCCACGUGUUAGGAAUGCCGCACGAUGACGACAGCCGGUGUCAACGAUAUCGGGGCGAUUCGUCCGGGAACAAUCGAAUCAUGUCACGCACGAUCGACCAUAACACACAUCCCUGGCAGUGGUCCAACUGUUCACGACAGAUUCUGAGCGAAUACUUUGAGAAAAAUCCAGACAACUGCUUGCUGAACCACCCAUCGACGGAUCUGAUGUCGCCGGACACUACGCUCGCUGGUGAAAAGUUUACCAACAACAAACAGUGCGAGCUGGUGUUUGGCAAUGGUUCGAAAAUCUGUUCAUAUAUGCCGACCUGUGCACGGCUUUGGUGCAGCUGGGAGAAUGAACUGUCCGGUUGCAAAACGCAACACAUGCCGUGGGCGGAUGGAACCGAAUGCCAGGAGGGACACUGGUGCCAGAAAGGUCAGUGCGUCCCGAUCGACCGGACGGCGCUGAAACCACAGAACGGUGGAUGGAGCGGAUGGAGUUCCUACGACGGAUGUUCGCGUACGUGCGGUGGAGGUGUUCAGAAGCGCACCCGUGAAUGCGACUCCCCGAAGCCAAAAAAUGGUGGCAAGUUCUGCAUUGGUUUGCGUAUCGAGUACCGUGCCUGCAAUACACAUGCCUGCCCGAACUCGCGGUACAACUUCCGCGAGGAACAGUGCCACGAGUUUCACGGUCAGCACUUUGACGUGCCCACGCUGGAACCGAAUGUACGGUGGAUCCCCAAGUACGGCACACCGCUGGCAGACCAAUGCAAGCUGUUCUGCCGUGCGGAAAACAAGAGCUUGUACUUUAUGCUGCGGGAAAAGGUGAUUGACGGUACACCGUGCACGUUUCCGGAGGAUAGCUUCGAUAUGUGCAUUAAUGGCCAGUGCCGGAAGGCGGGAUGCGAUUACGUGCUAAACUCCGACGCCAAGCUCGACCAGUGCGGCGUAUGCAAUGGGAACAAUACUACCUGUCUCACGGUAAGCGGACAGCUUUACACCGGAACCGGUUACACGCAAACAAAACAAAACAGCAUACAUAAGGUGUCGCCCGAUAAGUCAAUGGAGUUCCACAUACCGGACGGUUCCACCAACAUCAACAUCGUGCACAAGGGCUACAUGAAAGACGCAUGCUUUUUGAGUCUGAUGAGUGGAAAUGAAAUCAUCUUCAACGACCCGAUACAUCCAACGUCACACACAACCAAACAUCGAUUGUUUGCCGGAGUCCGACUAGAAUAUACCGUGCACGGUUCGCAGGAACGCAUUACCUCCACCUACGGACGGCCGCUGAAGGAAAAGCUUACGGUGCGGAUCGUACGCAAACAAAACAGCGAUAAAACUUUCCAUGGUCAGGUGGAAUACCACUACUUGGUGCCGAGUACUCCGGUCGGGAACACACAGUCCAAUGCGAUAUAUUCGCAUCACGAUUAUGAGCCUUACAAGCACCCGCACCAUACGCACUAUUCACACCACAACGGUAACAGUGUGCAUCGGCUACAGCAAUCGGUAUCCGCACCCGAGACACCGUACCGGUGGGAAAUGGGUGACUGGUUGGAGUGUGACCAUCUGUGUACGGGCAAGCGGAGGCGUCCGUUCGUCUGUCGAAACUCCGACACACGGCAGGAAGCAAAGCCGGAAAAUUGCAACCAUUCGGCCAAACCGCAAGAUCUGAACGAGUUCUGCAACACCGAGUGUAAAUUCGAAUGGGAGUCGGGACCGAUCGAGUGUUCGAAUGCCUGCGGCGAAGGAUUCAAACAGGUUGAAUAUUUAUGCGUCAAAUCGUACCCAAUGGAGCUGCGCAGAAACGAAUAUGUUCACGAGGCAAAUUGCUUAGAUAUUCCGAAACCGAUCACCAAGCGUGAUUCACAAUCGACGUGCACCGGACCGUGCAAGAACGCAACAUGGAACUAUUCGUCAUGGAAUAAGUGCUCCUGCACUGAUGGUACCCAGAAUCGUACCGCAACAUGUCUCUCCGAUCCGAACGGUUUCCAGAUCGAUGAUGCGUACUGCGAAGUCAAGGAACGCAAAGUCGUUCUUCAAUCUUGCGAUGCAGAGGAGCAGGAAUGCGCGACAUGGGUUGCAGGAGAACUCACACCGUGUUCCGUUACCUGUGGCGAAGGGCAGCGAGCGUACGCGCUACAAUGUAUGCUAAAAAAUGUGAGCGUAAAUGCUGCCUUAUGUGGUACGCGUCCAGUGCCUGUCAUUUUGAACUGCACCAUGCCGCCCUGCGAUCAAAAGCAAAUGCCUAACACCCAAUACUCAUCCUUUCGGAACGACGUACAGCCAAACCAGAGCAUGAAAAACGGCAACUACCAACCGAACGCGGAAUCUGGCCCUGUUCCGCGCGGACAGUGGCGCACCUACAAUUAUUCCAACUGCAGUGCGGAAUGCAAAGGCGGUGUUAAGAAGCGCUUGGUCCGCUGCAUGUCCAAAAACGAACAGGUGCUGGAGGACCGUUACUGCUCCCAUCCAAAACCUCCGACACAGAUCAAUUGUGCCAACUUCCGCUGUCCCACCUGGAACUUUGGCCAAUGGAGCAAGUGCAAUAACGAAUGCAAACGCUCCCGUCAGGUCCUGUGCCAGGACCAUCGUGGCAAUGAAAGCGACCAAUGCGCGAAGGAAAUGAAACCACCGGACGAGGAAUCGUGUUGUAAUUUUAAAUGGCGAAUUACCUGUUCCGGAACGUGCGAUGCCGAGGGACGCCGCAGGCCCGUACUCAUCUGCAAGAAGUUAUUUCCCAAAUCGAUCGAAAAUCCGAAACCGUUUAGAAACGGCCGAAGAGUUGAGGAGAAGUAUUGUGCCAGUGCUCCAAAGCCGGCGUUGAACGCUUUAAAGCCGAAGAAAAAAUGUAACAAACGAUGUCCUCGCCCUCCUGGGAGACGUCCAUCCUGGGAGACCUCGCCCUGGUCUAAGUGCUCGGUUGGGUGCGGUUUCGGUAGAACAGUGCGCAACGUGACCUGCACCGAUGGCCGCAAGAUCUUACCAAAAGCCUGCAACGAGACGACGAAACCACCGAACACGAAGAUCUGCCAAUCAUUGGAAUACUGUAAAUGGAAAACAAUUAAACUAUUCAAAUGCAACUGUAAGGGUAAGCAGCAACGCACCGUCAAGUGCUUCGACGAGUUGCUGAACACGGAAUCGAACCUCUGUCCGGAGAACGAACGUCCGCACAAGACGAUCGCCUGCCCAAAACCGCCAGGAUGCGAUUCACGCUCUAGACCGGCGGUCUACCGUAAUUGCAAGGAUGUUCAACUUAAGCACCGCACCGAUGGCGAAUAUGAGAUGAAACUGAACGGAACCAUCGCUAUGAUUUAUUGUCACAAAAUGGCAACGCGAUCACCAGUCGAAUAUCUUACCCUGCCCGCAGGUCCGAGGGAAAACUAUGCCAUCUACAAUAAGCGUCGAGCGGCCGAUGCAAAUAGCUGCCAAGAAUCACCACGUGACUGGGAGGACGAAAGCAUCAACUACGGUGCGACACAUUACCGCAAGAUCCGCAUCAAUGUCAAUACGCUGCUGGUGCAUACGAACGAUUUCGAAUUUACCACCAGCUCCGGCACGAAGCAACCGUUCGGUUCGGCUGGUGACUGCUACAGCAAUACGGGCCAUUGUCCGCAAGGUGACCUAGCCAUCAACCUGACGGGUACCCCGUUCCGCAUUCGACCCAGCACCUCGUGGGAAACCGCCGGUGUAAAGUCCGUGAUGAAUUUCCUCGUACCGCUUAAAGCCCCGUACCAAAAGGUGCGAGCACGUUGUGGCGGCUACUGCGGAAGUUGCUCCGUGUCACGAAAUAGCAACCUGUAUCUGGAGCCAAUUCCGGUACCCAAACGGCGGCCACAGAAGCUAGGCCGACUCAACCACAACAAGCAUCAGAUGCGAAACCCAUGACCUUACAGUGUUAGUGUCCAAGGACUGGUGUUUUCAGCGAAGACUGCAUUUGGAAUAGUAGUAUAUACUACCACGACGACUACCAGUCUUCCUUAAUCGAUGUGGAUGCGCUAGAAAUGCUACUAGCGGCAUAACACACUAACCGUCUCUUCCCGUCCCUUAGCCGUGAAUAGUGUACACUCGUAUUACUCUCGAUUCGUGUGUUUGUGUAAAUGUAUGCACGUGUGUGUUUGUGUGUGCGUGUGUAUGUGUGUGUAUUUCCGCGAUUUCUUCCCUAAACGUAAAGCAAAGUCUCGAAUUAGUGUAACCUCCAAAAUGUGCCAAAAUGAUCAAGAAAUUGCUGCGGCAAACACAAACACGUAACUGGUCGGUUGGUCGUGAGGUGUGUCGGUCAAUGAGAGGAACGUUUUCCGUUCCCCAAACGAUACCGGAUCAACCGACGACUACCAACGAAAGCGAUGCAACUGAUCGCGACAGCGAAUUUAAGUUCUGUUUUAAGGACCCAGGCUGUCCAUUGAUUAACGGAUGCCGUUGAGUAGUUGUUUGAUGUUAACGCUAGUAAGAACCCGCUACGCGGCACGAUCGGUUCAUUACAGCUUAGUUUAUUGUUAGAUUCGUUUCAUUCUACCCAACGAUUUCAUUCAUAUGUCUGGCUUGUCACUGCCUCGUCCUGCUAUGCCAUAUGAAUACCCGGGGAGGGCCUGUUGGCUAUUAAUUUGUUGCUGGAUUUUUGUUUUUGCAUUUGUCUUUUCUUAUGUUGACAUACCACGAUCGCUUUGCUGGAUCGGUGUAUGCCAAAAAUAAAUUAAACAAAUCAUCUCAAAAGUACAAACAAUUUGUCGUAGGCCCCAUCCUUAACGUUUCGUUCCUUUCCAUUCCUAACUAAAGUUAUAACAAAACAGAAUUUGUUUUAGAAAAGGGGGAAAAACACCAAAAAAAUGACAAAAGAAUAAAGUGGAACAUAAAAAAAAAACAAAGAGAUGAACGAGAAACAAAAAAAAGAAAAGGAAACUGAAAAUCUAUCAAUUGUUGAUUGUGUAGCCAACUCGCAAAAUUUUCGAUAUUACCUAUAGUAAGUCUAGAAAACGACAAAGAAAAACUACAUACUUGGAGAAUAAUAAGCGAAGCGCCUGUAGACAAUUCGUUUUAUUUGUGUUUAAACAUAAUUAUCGAUAUUAUAAGCUAUCGAUACCCACACAUUUAGAUCCGUAUGUUCGAUAUUCUGUUAGUUGUACAUAAACUCAACCGUAUAUGGGUGUAUUUUUUAUUAUAAAAAAUAUGUUUUGCACUGCGAGUUGGCUUGAAACGUACUCCAACACAUACAAACCUCCGAACGAAUUGAUACAUUUAACGAUGAUACCAGAAAAUACUCAAUAGUGAUAAAAGCAAAUCUGCACAACCAAAAUUGUUAAGGAUGAAGAGAAAAAGAAAAAAAAACAUCAAGGGAGAGGAAAACGAAACCUACAACAACAACUUAAAAGAAGAUGCCAGGCAAGGAAGGAACCUUUUCUACGCAUUGCAACAAAACACAAAAAGUGGGAUGCGUAAAAUUGAUUAAUUAAAAUGCUGUCGUUGAAUGAAUCUCAAAACGGGCCGUUCUAGUAUUACGAAACCUACACCAACGCACCAAACGUUUGUGAACAAGUUUACAUAUUUAGUACGAUCUUGGGAAGAACGAAAUUGAUAAUGUUUUUUUUAUUCUCCAUGUAAAACAAUUGCGAAAAACAUUGUUCCACUCGUAACGCAAUCUGCUUUACAAAACUGCCCCGCUCUAAAACUGCUAAAGCAUAUUUUAAAACUGCACCCGAAUGCGUGCAGUGAUCGUGUGUGUUUGCGUGUGUUUGUGUAUGUGCGCGUGUGUGUGAGUGUGUAAUAAUAUCAAAUUGAAGUGUUUUCGUUAAACAAAAGAAGAAAAAUGGAUUGAAACUGCCAUAUUAUUGUUAACGUAGCGUUCCCAUUUUGGUUGUAAAUGGAACCCCGUACGAAUCGUUCAAGCAUCAUAAAUCGCAGCGCGAGGCAUGAAGUUAAUACGAAAUACGAAACGAUUGUGAAAUUAACGAACAGAUCUGUAGGACGGAUCAGCUCGCUUGUAGUAGCUGUAGUGCUGUUUUUAUUUUUUGCUUUAUAAUUACCUUAAAAUAUUUUUCUAUUCAUAAUAGGUCAACACUACUAAUAAGCGCUAGUAAGGAUCGUUGUGCGUUCAAUCGAUUAAUCAUUUAAUGAUGUUUACAUUGUUUUGCGGAUGACAGGAAAGCUUGGUAGCAUCACCUUGGGAAGAAAAACUAUUAUUUUUUUUAUAUAGUCGUAAUGAGUGCUUUUGGCAAGUAUUAACUUUGAUAAAGAAAAUGCAACGAUAACAUAUAAUCGGGGGAUAUGUGCCGAAGUUGCACCUAUACUAGCAAACACUCAGAAGUAAGAGAGAGAGAGAGAGAGAGAGAGAGAGUGUGUAACUUCUUAUGUGACGUUUCAUUAAUGUACGUUUAAUUAAUCCCCAUAUCGGUAGAACGCUAGAAUAGAAGUGCGCCAACUAAACCAACCGACAUUAUUUAUUUACACUGCCGCGAAAGUAAACUUUAAAAAUGCGAAACAAUAAAGAAGAAAAAAAACUGUAGGACAAUAACAAAACGAUCGCAACUAUCGAAAGGGCGAUCGGAGAGC